UCACUAUUUUCUGUCCAUGGGUGGUCGCCGGCCGGAUUGCUGAAAUUGCCGAUAGAGGCGGUACAGGUAGACAAUCUGUAAAUUCAAUCUCUAAUACAUAACUCUUUAUUUGUCAUGUAUAAUUAAGAGCAUGCAAGACACUGAAUUUUACAUUGUUUCUUGGUAUUUGACGAGCACAUAGGCAUGUUUUGCUGCGAUGUGCGUGUUCUUUGUCCUUGAGAACAUGCUAUGUGGCUGCCUAUAUAGUUGUAUGAACCGUUCAAAACUGCGCAGCCACUUUUCGCUGCCGGACGCUCCGUGCGCAGAUUUCUUGGUGCAUUGCUUCUGUAGUCGUUGCGCUCUCUGUCAAGAGCACAGGGAACUCAAAAACCGCGGAAUCGAUCCAUCUCGAGGUUGGGAAGCCAAUGUUGAGAGAUGGAACCGGGAGCAGAUUACGCCGCCGAUUGUUUUACCAGGCAUGAGUCGCUUAGAGUUGCGCAACAGUUGAAGCUGUAGAUGUGGUCGUGUAUUGCCUCAUGACUAUUAGAAUGGGAGCAAGAAUGAUGCAGUCGAAAACGCAACACUAAGAUUAAACUUGCGUUUAAACCUUAAAACACAUGAAAUUGGAAUCCACCAUAGAAAGAAGCAAUCUCAAAUAUUUUUAUAUAAAUGUGGAAUUAUCUCUUAGUGGCAAGUCAUAAAACCUCAA